GAAAUUUAAUGACACGCCCAGUUCCGGGUUGUUACUGAACCAUGCACUCUUUCUGAACAUCUUGCGAACUUUCAAUAGUAAAUAAGACGCUUUAAAAUGAUUUGCAUUUUACUUGUUGCAGGUCAUGGUACUGUUUUAGAGACGCAGAUUAAGUAUGAUGUCACAGGCUUGUACACACAUCUAGCUGGGGUGCCAAAAGCAUUACUACCUGGUGUUGGGGGGAAGAAAAUCCUAGAUUUUUGGUGGGAAACAGUCAACACGCGACAACUCUUCAGUGAAGUCUAUUUAGUCACAAAUGCAGAUAAGUACAAACAUUAUGAGCGGUGGGCAACUGCCAAUGACUUUCCAGUGGAGAACGUGGUGAAUGAUGGUAGCACCACUUUGGAGGAUCGGCUUGGGGCCGUCGCUGACUUGGAGUUGGUCAUCCGAAGCCGUCACCUUCAAGAUGACAUCAUGGUGAUUGCAGGAGACAUGCUUUGUUCUGACCAGAACUUUGACAUUGCUCAAGUUAUUCGUUUUUUUAGGUCUAAGUCUGGAGAUUUGGCUAUAUAUUAUGAGCUAGAAGAAGGGGAGAAAUGUUACUCCAGAGGCAUUGUAGAAGUAUGUCCAGAUUCUCAUAGGAUCAAGCGUUUCCUUGAGAAGCCACAGGAGGGCGUCACAGCAUCUCGUCUGGCCAGUGUGGUCUUCUACUGCCUCCGCAAAGAGACGCUAUCUCACAUCUCAGACUUCCUGCUCAAGCAGCCGGAUGUGGAAUACAGGACGUUCGGCAUGUUGUGGGAAUGGCUUAUAAAUGAAAAACAAUUGCCUGUGUUUGGAAUGAAGCUACCCACAGGGUUCCAGUUAAUUGGACAAGUGGGUCUGUCUGACUACACAAAAUGGCUUGCACACUACUCAACUAAACAGCAAGCGCUUCCAGCCAAACCCAUCACAUUCCGCUCUUAUGCCAGGGUUGGACUGAUGGGAAAUCCUUCUGAUGGCUUCAAUGGCAAAACCAUUGCUAUGACCAUCUCUAAUUUCUGGGCUGAAGUGACCCUAAUAGAAAGCCAGUCUCUGGUCCUCCUUCCUCAUCCACUGAAUGAUCCCACUGAGUUUGGCAGCCUACAGGAUCUGUUUCACAUCAGCCACAAAGAAGGGUAUUUGGGAGGGCUGAGACUGUUACAGGCCACCUGUAAGAAGUUUUAUCAGUUCUGCUCAAAUCAAGGCAUUGCUCUUACCAAGCAGAAUUUCACUCUAAAGUACGACACCAACAUUCCACGCCAAGUGGGCCUAGCUGGCAGUAGUGCAAUUGUAUCUGCUACCUUGAAGUGCCUGAUGAAAUUUUACAACCUCACUGAAGAUGAUCUUCCUAAACCAAUUCGAGCGAACUUUAUACUGAAUGUGGAGACAGAUGAGCUCUUUAUCACGGCCGGGUUGCAGGACAGAGUGGUACAGGUGUAUGAGGGUUUGGUGUACAUGGACUUUAAUAAGGAGCUAAUGGACAAGCAAGGUUAUGGGGAGUACAUCUCUAUGGAUAUGAGCAGUCUUCCCACGUUUUGGUUAGCUUACUUGGGGGAUCCAAGUGACUCUGGCCGCAUUCAUAGCAAUGUGAGAGAGCGCUGGCUGAAGGGUGAACCUGAAGUGGUAGAAGCCAUGAAACGCUUUGCUAAUCUCACAGACCAGGCCCGGGGAGCCUUCGAAUCUAAGGACUGGCCCAAAUUGUCCCAGCUUAUGGAUGAAAACUUUGAACUGAGACGGUCUAUUUACACUGAAUCUUGUUUGGGCACAGGAAAUCUCAGUAUGGUACAAAUGGCGAGACAGCUUGGCUCUGCUGUGAAGUUACCGGGCAGUGGUGGUGCUGUAGUGGGCCUGUGUAUGGAUCCUGACCGAUUGGUGGAGAUGAAGAGAGCAUUCCAGGAGGCUGGCUAUGUUUUCUGCCUGGUUGUGCCCCACAGUCCAUCUUAAUGCGUGGUGUACAAGUAAUUUUCCUAUGGACAACAUACAACGAAUUAUAUUGCACUUCUGUGCCUACACACUCUGCUAUCCAGGCUUAAGACAUCAUAAUAUACUAGAGGUCAUCAUUACUGGCUACAGUGUUGACUGGGGCAUGUGGACAGUGUAACCCUGGCCACAUAUAAGAGUCAUUGAACUCCUGUUUCUGUGUUUCAGGCAGCACAAACAAUUGUCUAUUUAAAGUUCUAUCAAUGCCAGCAUUGUACACCCAUCCUGUCCCUGUGUCUCUGUACAAUAAUGGCCACAGACUCAUAACCAAAAUGUUUGUUGUAAGGAGUGUAAUGUAUUCUGUAUGAAAACAGUCAUGUUUUUUUAUAUAUGUAUUAUAAACCACAGUGUAGUUGCACAUAUGGUUGGGCACGCUGGCUUUAUUUAAACAGCAAGUGAGGCUAUGCUCAUAAUUUGAUGGAAAUUUUAAUUAUAGCAUGGAAUGACUGAGGAUAUAAUAAUAAUAAUAAUAAUAAUAAUAAUAAUAAUAAUAAUAAUAAUAAUAAUAAUGUGGUGCAGUUCUCACACUUUUACUGAAAAGUGCUUUCAAGACAAAAUUGAUCAAUUCAGUCAAGGCAGUAAUUUGCUGUGUAUAUUUUUGAUCAUGUGAUUAUUCUGCUAGUUUAAAGCAUUUACUGUACUGUAUUUUGACAGAUAAUAAUCAGAAGAUAUUUUGAAAAUAUUUAGCAAAAACACAGUGUAGUUAAUGGUCUAUAAUUUUGGUAACAGAGGUGUACAAAGUAUUUUACAAUGUCACUGACAAUAAUGAAAAACGGAUGAGAGGAUUUAUUUUUCGUCUUCCUAAGAUCUUCAGGAAAUUUGGAGGAUGGAACUUCCUGUUGAACAUGUGACUUGUGGACUAUUUCAGAUAUUUCAUAGAGAAGAAAUGCAUGAAUAAAAUAUGCUAGAAGAAUGCUUGCUAAAUGCAUGGUUACUCAUGUGAAAAGAGGUUGAGUGAGCAGGAAAGAAGUCACUUCAAUUUCUUUGACUAAAAGGGUAAAGCAGGUAGCCAGAGAAAGCAUACUGGUCAUUUUGAUGUGCAUAUGGAAUGACCUGAUCUGGUUUCCUCCCCCAGUCCAAAGACAUGCAUUGUAGGUUGACUGGCAUUUCCAAAUUUGUCCAUAGUGUGUGUGAGAUUAUGGCCUGCGCUGGGUUGGCACCCAAUCCAGGGCGUCCCCUGCCUAGUGCCCUGAGUUCCUUUGGAUAGGCUCCAGGCUCCCCCAGCGACCCUGUGUAGCAUAAGCAGUAUGGAACAUGGAUGGAUGGAGUUAAAGUGGACUGGGACAGUGUUAUAGAUGCAUUGAUAUUUGUAAAUUUACUAUCAGCGGCACACAAAUGGCACCCCAAUUGUGGAAUCGUCCAUAUAAUCACAUAUAACUGUUCUGUGGCCUCUUUUUUUUUGUUUUUUUUUUUUUUUUUUUUUUUAGGAAUAUAGCAUACACUACCUUGUUUUUAUGGUGUUUUUAGGAUAUAUCAUGUGAUACAAAUAGUCCAGGGUUUUGAAUCCUGUACAUAGAUAUUCAUUAGUUACUUUCAAUAUUAAUUAUCUCUCACCUCAAAAUUGUCCAAAAAACUUUUCAAAAAUGCAAAAAUUAGACUUUUAUUCUUAGAAGUAUUUCAAUAAUUAUAUCUUAGUAUGAGUUAUAGUGAUCUGGGAUGGGUAAAAAUGCUGCUUUCUAAGUGUUGUAGACACAAAUUGACUCACCAUGUAAACUGAGUGUUACUGUCUUGUGAUACAAAUAGUCUAGCGUUUUGAAUCUUGUAAAUUGAAAUAAAACCUUUAAAACAACUGA